AUGGUGAUGGAGGAAGAUCAAAAAGUAAGUGAUUAUUUCUCAAAACUUAUUGCACUUGUAAAUCAAAUGCAAAACUGUGGAGAGAACAUCACUGAUGAAAUGGUAGUAGAGAAAGUGUUAAGGUCUUUAACUCCAAGCUUUGACCAUGUAGUAGUAGCCAUAGAGUAUUCAAAAGAUAUAACCACUAUGAAAAUUAAGGAAUUGCAAAGUGCUUUAGAAGCACAUGAGAUCAAAGUGCUUAGUAGAGGUUCAGAGAGAUUGAAUCAACAAGCCCUGCAGGCUCAAACCAACAAGAAAGAUAAUAGUAGCAAGAACUACAAAAAGAAAGGAAAAGAUAAGGCAAAAUGGUUCAAAGAUCAAAAUUCAAAGACUGAUGACAAAGCCGAAUCUUCUAAGGGAGGAGGUUUUGUCAAAGGCAAGAACAAGAAGAAGAAUUUUGAUAAAAGCAAAGUGAAACGCUACAACUGUGAGAAACUUGGACAUUUUUCUGAUGAGUGUUGGUACAAGAAAGAUCAACAAGAGGCCAAUAUAGCAGAAAAGAGUGAUGUUAAAGUAGUGCUGAUGAUGGCUACUAUAGGUGAUGAAAGUGAGAAGAGUGAAGAGUGA